UGUUUCUUCAUUCUUCUUCUUCUUCUUUUUCUUCUCCUCUCCAGCUUUGUCUCUAGCUCCUGGCCGGAUUUUUCUUCCAUUAAUCUGCUGCUCAAUUUACCAUAUUUAUUAUUACAUUAUACUUAUAUUAAUUUUAGUUUAUAUCUUCUUAAUCUCUACUCUUUUUCUCUUCCAUUCUUUUUCUAGCUAAUUAAUUGUUGAUUAAACAAGAAUUUAAGUUAUUGAUAAAUUUAUUUACACUACUAAUAUUUUUUAAUAUUGUUGUUUUGUAGGAAACAUUGUGAGAGAUAGUAAUUGGGAAAAAUACUAAAAUAGAGCUUGUUGAUCAGAGCCAGAGGAAAAGUCUCUGAAACUGGAGGAAGUCCAAGGUUGCAUGGAUUUCUCUGAUUAGAAGUUUGCCAGAGAAGAGGUGCAACUUGGGUGGCAAAUUCCUAAUUGUGUCACAUCUGUGUUUGAUUUAUGUGUGUGAAAGACAAGUUUAAGAAAAUUUAAAGAGCGAUAGUUGUGUGCUUAUUUAGCAAUGGAACCCUUGUGGAAGCUGUUAUAUUUGCUUGAGCCUGCUCCCAUUACCCUUAUCGUUACAGCAGUGGCUGUGACAUUUGGAUCUGCAUUCCGUGCUUUGAAUUAUGGGAAGGAAAUGGAGAGGAACCGGGACUUGUCAGAAGCUUCAAUUACUUUGGAUAGAUCCCAAGCUCUAAUGAUCCCUGUAAUGAGCUCCUGCAGUUUGCUUCUGAUGUUUUACCUGUUUUCUUCUGUCUCACAACUUCUCACAGCAUUCACAGCUAUUGCCUCUGUUUCAUCCCUUUUCUUCUUCUUCUCUCCUUAUGUUGCGUACAUGAAGUCACAAUUUGGUUUGGCUGACCCAUUUGUGUCACGGUGCUGCUCAAAGUCAUUUACACGAAUUCAAGGGUUAUUGCUGUUGGCAUGUUCUAUUACAGUUGCAGCUUGGCUUAUUUCUGGGCAUUGGAUAUUAAACAAUUUGUUGGGCAUCUCUAUCUGCAUUGCAUUUGUCAGUCAUGUUCGCCUUCCUAACAUCAAAAUAUGUGCAAUGCUCCUUGUAUGUUUGUUUGUGUAUGACAUAUUCUGGGUUUUCUUCUCUGAAAGAUUUUUUGGCGCUAAUGUCAUGGUAUCAGUGGCAACACAGCAAGCUUCAAAUCCUGUUCACACUGUUGCCAAUAGCUUGAGUCUCCCUGGGUUACAAUUGAUAACAAAGAAACUAGAGUUGCCUGUGAAGAUUGUUUUCCCCAGAAAUUUGUUGGGUGGAACAUCUCCUGGUGGAAAUGCAGCAGAUUUCAUGAUGCUUGGUCUUGGUGACAUGGCUAUACCAGCCAUGCUCCUGGCACUAGUCCUGUGUUUUGAUCAUCGAAAGAGUAGGGAAACAGUAAAUCUUUUAGAUUUAUAUUCAUCAAAGGGACACAAAUACAUUUGGUAUGCCCUUCCUGGAUAUGCAAUUGGGCUAGUUACUGCAUUAGCAGCUGGUGUUCUGACUCACUCUCCUCAACCUGCUCUUCUUUAUCUGGUGCCUUCUACAUUGGGACCUGUGGUUUUCAUCUCUUGGAUAAGGAACGAGCUAGCUGAGUUGUGGGAAGGAACCAUACCAAACCUCAAUGACAAAGUCCACCAAAUUGAUGUCUGAGCCAUUCAUAUUAAUGGCUAAAAACGGUUUAAAUCUUCAGGGGCCAAUUUAAAGUUGUAUAUGCCUUUCAAUGUCGGUAAAGUAGUGUAGAAGAUAAGAACUCACUGCCUAUAUUCUGGAGUCUUAACUCCAAUGCCAACUUUUCGUAUGUGGUAAUGUAUUUCCCCAUUUAACCAAUGACAAUGAGCACAUGGUAUCGGGGAUGGACCAUUGAAAUUUGAAAUGACGUACCAAAGAAAAUUGAAAUUGAAAU